AAAAGAAAUUUUCUUUCACAACUCAUACGUUUUAUGUAUUGUUAGGUUUAUAAUUUUUGUUAGUUUUCUGUGUUUUUUUCAUCAUUCAUGUUUUCUUCUCAUCAAACUAGCAUGACUUGCUUGUAAAAGAAGAUUCAUGAGAGCAUUAGCAAUAAUUCAGUAUGAAGAGUGUUACAACAUCAAGUACAAGAUUAUUCUGAUAGAAAUUGAAAAAGGGACGUGUAAGAUUGAGUUAUGGCUACCAGCGACAAUAGUGGGGCUUUUCUUGAAGAUUUAGCAAAUGAGAUCCUAUUGAGUUUGCCUGUUAAGUCGUUGUUGCGAUUCAAAUGCGUCAGCAAAAAGUGGUGCGCUCUCAUAGAGGACCCCAAGUUCACUAUAGAACACUUGAUUUGUAGCAAGAAGAAGCCUCCACAAUUCUUGAUUUAUGAUUAUGGUGCACCGCAGGAUGCCCCUCCUGUCACUGUGAUUUUCGAUAAUGGUAUACCCUCCCCUUCACAGGGGGAUAAUUCCCAAAGGUUUGGAGCUAUAAAGACCCUCUUAGGUUCUGUUGAUGGCUUGUUUUUUCUGGAAAGAGAGAUUGAUAAUGGCCUUGAUAAAGGUAGUUUGUGUUCGCUGUGGAAUCCUGCUACCAGGGAGGUGAGACACCUCCCUGCUGCAACAAUUGGGUUUCAGCCAUUUGACGAUUCUGGUCGUCAUUUUGGGUUCGGAUUAGAUCCCAUGACUAAGGAUUAUAAAGUGAUUUACCAUUAUCUUAGGGAUGAAUGUGCAGCGGUCUACUCAUGUUCAAGGGAUUCAUGGAAAAUCUUCAAACAUGACGUCAACUAUAAUUACAGGGAUUGUGAAAGAAACGUAUUGUAUAACAAUACUUAUUUGAAUGGAUCUUAUUACUGGUUGUUAGCGGAGGAUCCUACUUGGAAAAUUAUUUCAUUUGACUUUGGGAAAGAGAUGUUUGUAGAGAUUAAAGGACCACCAGAUGAUUACUACAUUGAUGUUUGGAGUGCGAAUCUGAUAUUGUUUGAUGACUCGGUUGCCAUCUUGAACUUUCUUGAGGGGAGGGUUAUAGAUGUAUGGGUAAUGAUCCAUCCAGGGGUUUGGAACAAAUUUGUCACCUUUAACUGGUUUGAACCUAUUGAGAUUUGUUAUGAGAGCUCUCUGAUUUUGGUAACUAAAGAUUCUCGGCUACUCUCCUAUAAUGUUAAGACAAAGAAGACGAAGCUUCUUGAAUUUCAUCUUCCGGGCACAAGCAGUACUGACCCAGAAAUUGGUGGUUGUGGAAUUUAUUAUUAUAAAGAGAGCUUAGUAACGAUUAAACGACAAGAAAGUGGUGAGCUCGAUCUGAGUGGCUGUUUAACGAAAAUGGUGGCCGGAUAUUAAGUUUCAGUAACACACUUAAAAUUAUUGGGUAAAUUUCCAUGUUAUUUUUAGGUGCAAUUGAGAUUAUGUUGGAAUAUUGUAUGUAUACUUUAAGUUCAUACUCCUAUAUUUUCAUUAUGGUUUAUUCGAUGCUAUUGUUGUUUAGAGAACUACUGUGUUAUUUCUCUUUAGCCAGAGAUCUAUCGAAACAGGUUUAACCCACAAAGAAAUGGGUAAAAAUUAAAGCCUUUGAUAUUUGGGGUCUAAAGCGAUUAUUUUAGUG